AUGACGAGGGACGUAUGGUGCGCCCCCGCCUCACUGCGUCCGAACGCCAAAGUAUGCGAUAAUGUGUACGGAUCGUUACAUGUGCGCUCCUAUAGCGAUCCUCCAACUCUGUCGUCGACAUCUAUUGCGUUUGAUACGGGCAGCGAGUCCGCAGCAUUCACCUACCCCUUGGCCGACCUGACGUCGGUGCGCCUUCGCAGUCCCUCUGCUGCACGGCCAACAGGGCAUGUGGUACUGUGCACGAAGCAGGACGACGAACUAUGUGUAUUUUUUCACACGGAUGCCCAUUCUGAUACCUUCGCUACCCACCGCUGGCUCGGUCGGCAGUUUAUCGCUGCCUUGGAGCCGCUACAGGAGAUCGUAGCGAGUUUGCAGGAGCCGGGCCUCUUCCUUCUGGGUCCGUCGACGAGAGACCGGGACUUCCACACAUCUCCCAAGUUCGCUGACGAUGCCAUUGAAGCUGUACUUGCGCGCCGUGUGCCCCUAGAGCCGCAGAAGACGCGCACGGACACCCUGGCCCAGUGGGCCAAGUCAACACGACUCUCUGUCCUGUCGCAGUUCUCGCAAGUAACACGCGGAGUGCGCCAAUCGCGGGAGGCAUUCACGACACGGGCAUUCACUCGCCGUGCGCAGCCCCAGGUAUCCUCGUCACAGGCUGGCCCCUACAUGGUCAGUCCACAGACCCAGUCGACCCUCGAUUCGUCCAUGAUUGAAUACGAUGCCGCGCGUGUGUACCUGGCCAAGUGGGCGCAGCAGAUUGCGCGCGAGGGUGAGCUGAAUCAGCUGGCUGAACAUGCGAUGGAUGCGGGACCCGACAAAGAUGCCGAAGAGCUGCUGGGCGCCACUGCUCUACCACCUGUUCCGGGAGUGACUCGGACCGAGGGCCCCGUGAGCCUUACCGAAUGCACUACUAUGCUGGAGGCAGGCACAAGCAUUGACAUCAUGGCGCAGCACAUCUUCCAUCGCGGCCUCUCGGCAUCUACGCGGCAGCUCAUGUGGCCGCAUCUUUUGGGUGCCUGGCCCGUGCAGCGCGAUGCAGUGCAGCGUGAACAGGUCCAGAAGGACGCAAAAGACCGCUAUGAUGCGCUCCUUAGUCGCUGGUACGGCAAUACGGACGCUCGGCCUGACCUAGAUGGAUCACGACACCGCAUCUGGAUCGACUGCCUCCGCGCAGAUACCAAGCACCCGUUCUUUCAGCAGGCACCGACUAUCGAUACCUACUCGCAGAUGCUGGAGAGUGGAUGGGACCGGCCAGCGCACCAGGGCACUUCACAGACACAGGUGAAUCCACACUUGUACGCGCUCAGUUCCAUUCUGCUCACAUUUGUGUUCUACACGGAAGAAGGCUGCGACCCAAACAUGCCUCACGUCGAAGGUUAUGUGCAGGGUAUGAGUGACCUCUGCCUUGUGUGCUAUGUGGCAUGUGAGGGCGACGAGGCCACUACGUUUUGGACUUUCGUGGCGCUCAUGCGCCGCUGGGGCGAAAACUAUGUCGCAGACCAGUCGGGCAUGCGUCGUGAAUUGCUGCUGCUGCAGCGACUUGUGGCUGAACUGUGCCCUCAGCUCUAUGUGUACCUUCGUGAUCUGGACGCGCUUCAUCUAUUCUUCUGUUUCCGCUGGAUCCUAGUCUGCUUCAAGCGCGAGUUUCCGCUGGAUGACGUGCUCCGACUUUGGGACGCCCUCUGGGCUGCCCAGUGGACCGACGGAUCCGGCCAUGGCUGGCCACUUUGCACACACUUUGAACUCUUUGUGUCCUUGGCAAUUCUCGAAAGCCACUUUCCUCUGAUGGUACGACACCUGCGAUCGUUUGACGAGGUGCUUAUGUUUAUACACUCGCUGUCGCACCAAAUGGACAUGGCCACCCUGCUGCGCCGCUCAGAGGCCCUCGUGUAUCGCUUGCGGAGCAAGCUUGUGCUCACAGACCACAAGGACCCUGACCUCCGCGCCCUAGUUAUGCAAUAG